AGAUGAUAAAUUCAGCAAGACUUAAAUUGCGACAGAUCGCAAACGGCUAGGGUACAGUUCGGUACGCAUGCAACAUUUUGCAAAAUCAAUAAGUAAUAAAAAACAAUGGUGCAGAUUUUGAAAACAUUUAUAAUAGGAGAAAACCUCAUGUUUAGAAUGCUUCUUAAAUCGUUCACGCGGCCGGAGUGAAAGUCGCUCGUGUCGAAUUGGGCCUUUCAAGAAGCCAGGAGGAAGUUCCUCAGUCGAAAAUCGGUUCCUGUGACCGUUGCAUGCUUUUCGACGAUACAAAUCUUACAUUUACGGAGAUACAAUGUUCACAUUUUUCACACAUCCUCCUUGCUUUGCAUAUUGCAACAAUACGCUUCAAGAAUUUCUCAAUCUUCUAACUGAACAGUUUUUUAUUAGCCGUUAAUAAUUUCUGUGAAGUCAUUUUGAUAUAAUUAUGAUAUAUUCGCUUCGCAUGUGGAAACACACACAUGGGAAAAUAUUUUAAAAUGGCGGUCAAAACAUUGAUGUUUGAAUAUUUGAAUAAUACUUUCUUUAUUGAAAUACAAGCAUUUUUUGGUGCGCAAGAAUGGAAUUAAAUCGAGAAAAUGCUGUCAUACUUGCUGCGGGACUUCUUGGUGGGGCCGGGACAGUAUAUACACUGUUUUCAUUGCGGAACUUGUUGCGUAAAUCUUGCAGAAGGGCAACACUUGCGCAGUUGACAGACAAAAUUAGCCUAGAAACACUAACGAAACUAUCUGAAGUAUCUAAUGUUAGUAUUAGGCAAUGCGCUCGUGACCUCCUUAUAGCUCGUAUAUUAAAACCCGAACGUUUGAAAUUUUUAAUUCAACUUUGUUAUGCCGAAAACGAAGAGAGUGUAAUAAAAGCUUGCACUGUUAUAGAAAGUCUUACAAAGAACCCCAAGUGUAGGGCGAGGUUUGUCUAUUUUGGAGGACUAGAAGCAUUAUCCCAUGCAACCUACCGCUCGUGGGCACGAAAAAAUAAAGGAGAAAUCAGCGAUAAUUAUAUGAAAAUUCAACACCUUUGUUGUGUGGCAAUUUUUGACUUGAUAUCUAUGGUAAAUAAUGAUGCUCCUAAAAUUAGGCUACUGGACAAAAAUCCAUCGUUUUUGCCCACAAUCCUAGCUAUAAUGAAAGAGACAAACAACAGGGAGAUCGAGAAGUUGGGUUUGUUUAUAAUCCAUCAAAUAGCAGUGUGUGAACACACCAGAGAUGAGUUAAGCGAACACUGGGUCAUUAUCGAGGUUGUUUCCAAGGUUGUCAUUAAGAGGCAAGGUGAGCCGGUGAAGAUGAGGCUUGCAUUCCAGGUACUUGUCACAUUGGCAAAUAUUUUGAUCGCAAACGAAGAGCAAAAGGUUUUGAAUGAGAUUAGAAGUUAUGGAGUAAUAAUGCCAACAAUUGGUUGUCUUAAGUCGGAUGAUCAUGAGCUUAUUUAUUGGGCAGUUGGUCUUCUGCAUGAAUUUGUUGCCCUUGAUGUUGGCUUACCUGAUAUCUGUUCCGUCCCAAUACUAUUGAGGUCUUUGAGCAGUGUUCUCGUCUCGAGUGAGGCCAGCAUUCAGAGAUUGGUUCUUCGGAUAUUGCGUUUCCUGUCUGAAAGUUCGGACGAUUUUAGAGAGAAAAUUAUACGUCAUAAGCAGCUUCUUGCACGUCUUCCAAUAUGCCUCGCUUCGGGCGACCGUGACGUCACCUCUUGGUCAUUAUAUCUUAUUCAUGAUAUUGCUAAGUCAGGCGUGGAAGCCAUCGAGUUGUUAUAUGAGCACUCGAAGGGGUUAGUCGAAGCAUUGGUGGAAAUGUGUGGCAGGAACGUAUUCAACCAAGAAGCUAACACUAUGUGUCGUUACAUCGCCGAAACAUUGGGAUUUUUCUGCUCUAUCGAGACAAUCCAGUGCCAAGUGGUCAAAGCAGGUGCUCUGAAAGCUGUCCUGCAGUUAUCCAUGAUGGCUGAUAUCGAUAUGAAACUCUGGGCAACAUCGCUGCUUCUCAAUCUAUCAAUGUCUGCCGAUGUACCGAAAGAAGAAAUAAUUAAAAGUGGCGGUGUCAAAGUACUUAUCGAUCUGGCCCUCAGUGAAACUGAUGAGCCGCAGAUUGCAACUCAGGCUGCAAAGACUUUGGUUAUGCUGGGCUUUUUAGACAGUCCUUUAAACGUCGAACUGAAGUCUUCGAGUAGUGCGUCAUGUACCGUGGCAGUGGAUGGCAUUGAACACUGUCGCAAUGAUCUGGGUAUCAAUGUGGUAGUGCUUGAUCCAGUUACUUUGAAUGUCGAGGAGACAGAGUCGUUCGAUACUGGGCAUUUUCCAGACGCGUCCAUUAAGUUGGCAGAGUAUAUCCACUCGUUACCUUUGUUGUCGAUAGUGUUUAUUGUAAUUCGGGGAGAAGGGAAUUUCUUUUUGUCAAACGAAGCAAAAGCUGCCUUAGACAGUGUUGGUAUUCCUGAAUAUGAAUUCGAGACAGGAGAGCUGUGGGUGUUCUCCGGUCAGAAGCGCUAUGGUAUGGAAUGUUUCAGAGAACCACAGUUUAGACAUGGAUACGAUAGCGUUGAUCUAAAAGUCUGUAUUCCCAGAGGUAGCUUCGUGAAUGACCAAGUGAAUGCUCUAAUAAUGGAACCUUUGAUCGAUAUAUUAAUGAGCACUCCACCUGAAAGUGGCAUCAGCAAAGUCUCUGAGCUGACAUUAUCAACAAUAUUCGCCAGGCACGACAGUCAUCGAGUUGUUUUGCUAGAGAGAGAAGGAUUUCUUCCAUAUAUGGCUCAAAUUAUUUGGAACAUGGCUUCACGGUCGUUGGAUGAUUUACGCUCAAAUACGAUGUUAGUUGCGCAUUGUCUUGGCGCGAUGAGGACAGUGGCGGGUUUGAUUAUAUCCGAUACGGCACCAGAAAGAUGUGCUAGGCAUGGUGUCUUGAAAGAGGUUUUGCGUCUUCUGUUCUUCAUCAAUGAUACUUCGUUGGACGUCCAAAAUGAAAAGACAGAAACUCGGAAAAGCGCGAGGAACAGCGAGCUGUCGUUUCUCAGAAAUCCCAUACCUGGUGUGGAAGAAAAGACUCCGUUUUCAUCAGUGACGGACAGUCCAGCGACGCCCACACCCAUGCAAGGUUUGGAAGAAAUUUCACAUGACGAAACGAAGUGCAAUUAUGAAGAUUUGGAAGAAUCUUUUGCCAGCCUUACACAAUUGGCUGUUACCAUACUGUUUCACAGCAGCAAGAGGCUUCAAUUAGCUGACGACUCUAUCUUCAUCUCAUUGUCUGUAAAUGUUCUCUGGUGUACAUUACUCACAUGUAAAGACGAAUUGAAAAGAGCUAUAUCAAUUCCCAUUGAGAACAUCAUCACGAGUCAUGCAAAUAGAAGAAAGUCGUUCAUUGUACACCCAGAGCGACCGUCUGUAUGUCUUAAUGGUAAAGAGAAAACACAGGCGCUGAUAUUGAGUUCCGACAAAACAGAGGUCAUCAACUUUCACUGGACGUUCGAAAGCGUCCAUGCAAAUGCUGCAGUUGGUAGACGCAAGUACACAUCGGGAUCACCUAAACCUGCUGGAUGGUAUUAUGAAGUACAAUUGAUGACUCAAGGGAUCAUGCAAAUAGGCUGGCGAACGAGUAAGUGCGAAUACAGUCCGGAGAAAGGCAAUGGUGUUGGUGACGAUUUACAUUCCUAUGCAUUUGACGGUGCUCGGCUCAAAGUUUGGAACGGUCCAGGGUGUCGAAUGGCAAACAAUGAUUAUGGUGAAAUGUGGGCAGCAAGCGACAUCGUAAGCUGUUUAUUAUCAUGGGGCGGUGACAUAGAGUUUUGGUUGAAUGGCGUGAGUCUUGGCGUAGCCUUCGAAAAUGUCAAUACCGAACUGGAUUUCUACCCUGCUGUUUCUCUGGCGAUGGACCAGCAUUGUUCCUUCAACUUUGGGGGUGAUCAACCAUUUAGAUACUCCAUGCCAGAAGGAUAUAUUGCUGUCAACGACGUGUUUGAAAAGAAAGCAUCCCUUAAACGGCCUCGUUCGAAGUCGUAUACAAAGGGAAGUUUUGAAAGCAUCGCUGAAGAAGACGAGGAAUGCGUUGAAGAUGUAAAGAAUCUUCAAAUUGCUCGCCUACAGCGGUGCUGUAGUAGUGAGCCGUCUCUACAUGGUCAUGAGAACAGUAGCUCCUGUCCAAACGAGGCGACGAGAAGGUUAUCAACAUCCACGAACUACAAUUCUGAGCGUCCUUCAACGCCUCUAACUCCUAUGUCGUGGGCUUCUUCAACGCCGUCCACACCAUUCACACCCAUCACACCGUUAUCACCAUUUUGGUCGCCGGCGUCAUCACGUAACACUCCAGAUCUAUUUUCUGGCAUUCCUUGCGUGUAUUUCGAAACUGAAGUUAGGGAAUGCGGCCGUCGAGCCUGGAAUGUUGGUUACUACUGCCAGAAGUCGGGCGAGCAUUGUUCAUGCGAGUUCCACGACGGCCAAACGAUGUCCUUUCCCUUAUGGCUAGGCAAGAACGCCGAUGUCGUGCGAGCACCGUCAGUAAUUGGCUGCGGCUUACUGUGGCCCGAUGGAGUGUUUCUUACUUUAGACGGAGUGUACAAUAACACCGUGUAUCCGUUUAAUGAGGUUGGCUUCGAAGAGGGAGAGUGUCUGCCUUACAUUACCCAUUCUAAUGUCAAGGUAAACUACGGACAAGAGGAGUUCCUUAUGGAAAGAGCAAACACUCAUGGACAACGUGUUGCCUCUGCGCAGUUACUGCAUUCCUUUUCACGUAAUUUGUUGGAAAAAAUGUGAAGCACAUUUUUCUUUUUACCUGCAGAAACUGUUUCCUGCAAAUUUAUUUCUUUGUUCAAAAAUUAAAGAAAAGACACUUUGCAGGAAAUUGCAGGCUAGUGUACAUGUACUG